UCUUCGUCGAGUGCUGUAGCAUCAUCCGAUCACAACGACAAUGUCCCCUCUACUGCAGGAUCCCGUGCAGCCCAUCGACACGGCAGUCGAUGAGGCGCUGAGCAACAAACCCAACCUCAUCGCUGCCGAGCCCGAAAACUGCCCAGGACCAGAAGGUGAACAAGCAGGAAAGGCAGAUGCAUGCGCAGGAUGUCCAAACCAGCAAAUAUGUGCUACAGCUCCAAAAGGCCCAGAUCCAGAUAUCCCGGUCAUCACUUCAAGGCUAUCAGGUGUCAGGCACAAAAUCCUGAUCCUCUCCGGCAAAGGUGGCGUCGGCAAGUCGACGUUCACGACAAUGCUUGCGCAUGCCUUUGCAUCGAACCCAGAUAACACGGUUGGCGUCAUGGAUACAGAUAUCUGCGGCCCGUCAAUACCCAAGAUGAUGGGUGUCGAAGACCAAAAGAUCCAUGUGGCAAAUACUGGAUGGGAGCCGAUCUGGGUGACCGACAACUUAGGCGCGAUGUCUAUUCAAUUCAUGCUACCGAACCGCGACGAUGCUGUCAUUUGGAGAGGUCCGAAGAAGAAUGGUCUCAUCAAGCAGUUCUUGAAGGACGUCGAGUGGGGCGAAAUGGACUAUCUGCUCGUCGACACACCUCCCGGCACGAGCGACGAGCAUCUCUCGGUCAACAGCUACCUCAAAGAAAGUGGCGUCGAUGGAGCACUAUUAGUCACUACACCGCAGGAAGUGUCAUUACUCGAUGUGAGGAAAGAGAUCGACUUUUGCCGGAAAGCUGGAAUCAAAGUGCUUGGUCUGGUCGAGAACAUGAGCGGCUUCGUCUGCCCUAAAUGCACACAUCAAUCGGAGAUAUUCCGAGCAACUACAGGAGGCGGCAGAAGAUUGGCAAAGGAGACUGGCGUUCCAUUCCUGGGCGCUGUGCCGCUGGACCCAAGAAUUGGCAUGGCAUGUGAUUAUGGCGAAAGCUUCUUCGACAGCUACGGCGAUUCACCGGCAUGCAAGGCCCUGAUUGAGGUUGUGAGAGGAGUUGCAAAAGAGGUCGGCGAGAAUCCCGAUGAAGUGUUGUCAGAGGAGUGAAUAUUACGACCAAGCGAAUCUAGCCCGCGUGAUGCGGCAUCGUACGAAAGCGGCAUACCGUGCAAGAAACCUCACAGCACAGCGUCCUGACAAACCCGAUGACCUCUAAAGGAGUUGCGAUCAGGGUUUCCCGGAUCCUUAUCACAUUCGGGGAAGUUUACGCCAUCCUAAUCAAGCGCCUAUGCGCUUGACACGGAGUCCGUCAAUUGUCACAACGGAGAUCUCUUGAGUGCGGCACAUACAGAAUUACGACAUCGUGAGCAGCUGCGAUGACUGGAGCCAUCCGUGAACCUACCAUCUGGGUCAUAGCGAAAUCGACGUUGAGUGCAACCCUCCACCCACCGACGUUCUGAAUUCAAAAAUCCGGUGAUAUUAGUGCUCCACUCCUCCCUACCCAAUGGCUCUCUUUCCAUGGCUAUAUCUGUACGAACUCAGGCAAUUGUCGACAUAUGCAGUCGCACAUGAUAGUUCACUUCUGAUACAACAUUCCAUAUUGAAACGCCAAGUUCAAUUACAAGGACAAUCCAGCCCGUGUUUCUUUGUCUUCACUUGGCGUGAGCCACAAUUUAUGGUCUAAUUCGGACUUCCGAUGUAACCUCUUUGUUCACACGAUGCUAUCAUGGCGAGACUUUACGACAACCCUGGCGGAGCUCGGUAUGCGCAAGGCUCACGGGUACUCGCAAACGGGCCAACUACCUACAUUCACUACAAUUAAAACAGGCCUGGCAUGCCUGAUACUUCGAAUAUUCGAAUCAAUCCUGCAGUCUCACUACGUCAACGCUCUUUGGCCAGCGCCCCUUCACCAU